AUGAGAUCGACUAACAGAUUGCCGAUGAUGAACAGGGCGUUCGCCGAGCAAGACAACAGCACAAGGCGAGGGCUGGGCCAGAAAUCAGGAGGCGGGAAAGGGAGCGCGUGCCAGGCCACCAACCCCAUCGACUGGUGCUGGCGCUGCGACAAGAACUGGGCCAACAACCGCAAGAGGCUGGCCGACUGCGCCAUGGGCUUCGCGCGUGGCACCACGGGCGGCAAAGACGGCGAGUUCUACGUGGUCACCGACCCGUCCGACGCCGACGCGAUCAACCCGAAACCGGGGACCCUCCGCCACGCCGUGAUCCAGAACCGCCCGCUGUGGAUCACGUUCGCCCGGUCCAUGGUCAUCGUCCUGAGCCAGGAGCUGAUGAUCAACUCCAACAAGACCAUCGACGCGCGUGGGGCAAACGUCCACAUCGCCAACGGCGGCCAGCUCACCCUCCAGUUCGUCGACAACGUCAUCAUCCACGGCCUCCACAUCCACGACACCCAGCCCUGCCCCGGCGGGAUGAUCCGGAGCUCCGAGGACCACUUCGGGUUCCGCACCCGCAGCGACGGCGACGGCGUCUCCCUGUUCGGCGCCACCAACAUCUGGAUCGACCACCUAUCGAUGUCCAACUGCGCCGACGGGCUCAUCGACGUGAUCAUGAAGUCCACCGCCGUCACCAUCUCGAACUGCCACUUCACGCGCCACAACGACGUGAUGCUGUUCGGGGCCAGCGACGAGGAGACCCAGGACAAGGUCAUGCAGAUUACUCUGGCGUUCAACCAUUUCGGUCGCGGUUUGGUCCAGCGCAUGCCCAGGUUGCGGUUCGGGUUCGCCCACGUGGUCAACAAUGAUUACACCCACUGGGAGAUGUACGCGGUGGGCGGGAACUCGAACCCGACCAUACUCAGCCAGGGGAACCGGUUCAUCGCCCCGCCCAAUGCGGCUUGCAAAGAGGUGACCAAGAGGGAGUACACCCCGGAGAGCGUUUGGAAGUCGUGGAAUUGGAGAUCGGAGGAGGAUUUGUUGGACAACGGGGCCAUUUUUAUCCAAUCGGGUGGACCAAUUUGUAGGUUGGACCAAAAGACUACCAUCAAGGCUCAGCAUGGCAAGUUUGCGAGUCGGAUGACCCGAAGUGCCGGUGCGCUCGACUGCGCGGUUAACAGGCCCUGUUAA